GAGUGCGCUCACUCAUUAGAAUUUUUUUCAUGUUUUAUUUGUUUUUGACACAAACAUAAAGUAAACAGUUUUUGCAGUUAAUGCAUCGUUAUUCUUUAUUAUUAUUAUUAUUAUUAUUUUUUUUUAACAGUAAGGACGUAUGGCACCUAAAGUUAAUUAUUCGCACAGAGACCCUAUGCUGAAGAAAAGGGAUGACUUUGAGGACAUUUUGAAGGAGAGGAGAAACUCCAGUGACUUGAGAUAUGCUCUCAGAUGUUACACACCCAUCCUUUACAAAGGUCUGACUCCCUGCGGUCCCAGCCAGUUGAAGAACAUGGUGCUUCAAUCUCAUCAUGUCCUCUAUGUUGUCCACCAGCUUUCUAAAGAGACAGGCACAACGGUUGAUGCCAUCAUGGAGGAUGCAUCAGACAUCCUGGAGGAAAUGGCUCACCGGCUACAGCUCAGCACCAUUCGAUUCUUUGCUUUCACACUCAGCAAGAUCUUUAAAACCUUGUUCAGGAGCAUCUGUGUCAAUGAAGAGGGAAUCCAGAGACUUCAGCAGACCAUUCAGGAGCAUCCGGUCAUUCUCCUUCCCAGUCAUCGAAGUUACAUGGACUUUUUGCUGAUGUCGUAUAUCCUGUACACUUAUGACCUGGCUCUGCCUGUCAUCGCAGCCGGCAUGGACUUCAUGGGGAUGAAAUUUGUUGGGGAGAUGCUGCGUAAGUCUGGAGCCUUCUUCAUGCGGCGAUCAUUUGGUGGAGACAAGCUGUACUGGGCUGUCUUCUCAGAGUACGUCAAGACCAUGCUCAAGAAUGGAUUUGCACCUGUUGAAUUUUUCCUAGAGGGGACCAGAAGCCGUACGUCCAAGUCUUUGACUCCAAAGUUGGGUCUGUUGAAUAUAGUGAUGGACCCAUUCCUCAAAGGAGAAGUGUUUGAUAUCAGCCUGGUCCCAGUAAGUAUCAGUUAUGAAAGAGUCUUGGAAGAGUCACUGUAUGCGAGGGAACUGCUGGGUGUACCCAAACCCAAGGAGACCACUUCAGGUCUGUUUAAAGCCAGAAAGGUCCUCAGUGAAGACUACGGCAGCAUCCAUGUUUACUUCGGUACCCCUGUGUCUGUCAGAAGUUUAGCCCAGACAAGCAUUAAUCGCUGCCAGUUCAACCUCGUGCCACGACAUAUCCCCAGGAGACCCACUGAGGAGAUCCAACGCUUUGUCAACGAUGCUGCCUACAGACUAGUACGGGUCCAGGAGGAGAAUAUGGUCCUGAAGCCCUGGGUUCUUGUGGUUUCCCUUUUGCUCCAGCAGCACCAUAUGAACCAGGAGUCAUGGCCGAAACAGCAGGGAAUGUCAUUAGAUGAGCUGGCUGAACAGACUGUGUGGCUCAGAGAUGUUUCCCAGCAGUAUGGAGCCUUCCUUCACUGGCCCGACCACAUGUCCCCAUCUGAAGUAGUUUCCUCCAGUCUUUCUCUGCACCACGGUCUCGUGAGGAUCUGUGACAGGCGGGUCCAGCUGGCACUCGAGCAACAAGGAGACCAGUCGAGGCCUGGGGAGGCUCAGUGCACCACCACACCAGAAGAGGAACUUUUGAGCAAGGCAGUCAUUAUACUCUCGUGCACCUCCUACAGGAACCAGGCUCUGCAUGUCUUCCUUCGCCCAGCACUGCUGGCCUCUGCCAUCAGCGCUGCCUCUUCCAACAAGAAACAGGAAGUCUUCAGUAGUUUCAGCUUCCUGAGAAGCAUGUUCUCCGAUGAGUUCAUCCUCUGUCCUGGAGCUACAGUGCAGGAUUUUGAAGAGGCCUGUUACUUACUGGUGAAGACUAGAGCUCUGCAAGUUAGCCAGCAGGAGGUGCUGGUGACGGACAGAGGACACAAAAUACUGACCUUUCUCACCAGCAUGCUUGAUCCCUUCCUCCAAGGAUAUCAGGUGGUGUGCCGCUACCUGUGUGAAGAGGCCACAGAGGACCUGACAGAAAAACAGUUUGUUCCUGCUGUCCGAAAGUUCAUCAUCAAACAGAUUCUUGCAGGUACACUGAGAUACUGUGAGGUGUUGUCAUCUGACCUUCAGAAGAACAUUCUGGCAGCUUUGCUCAGACUUGGAGCUGUAAGGAAAAUCAAAGGUGCCGAACAGGAGACUCUAAAAAUCAACAAAGUGAUGGUGAACAUACUGGAAGACACUCUCGAAGGAAAACUGCCCACUCAGAAGACUCUCGCAGCGCGACUCUAGCUAACUGCCGCCAUUGUCUCACUGUGGUGCAAUAAGGUCGUCUGCAGGAACUGCCUGCUUUGAGAGAUGGAACCGAAGAUUCGCCAUCAUUUCAUUAAUUCUGUUACUUUUUCUGAGACUUGUUCUGUGUAAAAUUGUUUGGCAACACACACGUAACCAAAGCGGUUUACCUCAGCUGAUUAAUAACGGAGCGUUUGCGCUAAGUUUUUAAACGUGCCAGCGUAACUAUUCCACAAACAGUCCUGUUACAUGAUGCAACCUGUGGCAUCACAGUUUCACAGUAACACUUUAUGUUUAGAUUCAAACUGUUUUUCCACAUAUUUUGUGGUUCAGUGCCCCCCACCCUCUCUCUUCAUUAUUUUAAAAUCUAUUUCUGAGUGCUUUAAUAUAUUUUAUUCUUGAUGUGGUGUGGUUCUUUGUGUUAACUCCUUUUGGGAACCUUCUUUCUUUUAUAACACAGAAGUUUCUAAAAUGGCUAUUUGAAGGUUUGUAUUUUACAUUUGUCGAGAACAGAGUCAUGGUUUUCUGUUGUUCUACUGACUGAACUGCAAACUCAUCCAAUCAGCUUCAUAAGUAGUUGAACAGGGAUGCCAGUUUUUAAAUUUUGUCUCAGUACAGCCACAACAAUGAAACAAUCAAGAUGUGCUUGUCUCGUCAGGUUACAGUGUUAUUUCAAUGGGUUCAAUGUAGAUUCCAACCGAUAUGGAUUUCUUGGGUGGCUGAUACCGAUAAUAGGGAGUAAAAAAUUAAUACAGAUUAGAGCCGACCGAUAUGGAUUUUUUGAGGCUGAUAACGAUAUUUGGAUGAAAAAAAAAUGCAGAUAAUCGAUAAAUCGGCUGAUUUGCCGAUAGCCGAUAAAUCAGACGAUAUUAUUAUUUAUUUUUUUAAUGAAUAAAAUGUUCUUUUUUGGACCCUUAAUAAACAGGUAUGAGCUAAAGGCUGAAGCUUUGUCUUCAUAUUGAUUAACUUUAUAACAGAGAAGAAUUUUCAGUUCAAAAAAUGCAAUCAAGAUUAAAUCUUUGUGAAAUUAGCAAAUGCAUAUCCUUAAAAAGAGUUGUGAAAU